UACAAGUCGUGACUUGGUCGGUGACUGACUGUUCAAUAAAAUUCCUCGUUUUCAUUACAAAAAUUCAUUUUAGUAUUCCAAACUCGUCCCCACUUUUAAUACCUUCCUGGACCGUGUAUUAAACCACAAUACGGAGAAAUAUAUUAAAAAAAAAAAAAGAAAGUUUUAACUUAUUCAACAUAAUACAAACAAAAAUAAAUUUAAUUAUUAUCAAUUAACAAUUAAUAAUAAUAUAAACAAAUACAGACCAAAGAGUGAUAUUAAAAUAUAUAAAUAAUAGUUGUAUAUUUUAUAAAGAAAAUUCUUUUCAAUAAUGACAACGAAAAAAAAAAAAUAAUCAAGAUACUUAAAUACAUGGAAUAGGAAGUUGACUUGGAUGUGAUAUAUAAAAGAAAAUAUAAAAUUUAAAAAUUGUGUUAUUUGUUAGUGAUGCAAAUGAAGAAAUAUAAAAAAAAGUUUUAAAGCACAAAGAGUGAUAAUUAAUUGUGUUAGUGUAUGUGUUUGUGACGAUAUAAAUUUGGAUACAUACAUAACUUCAGCUUGGAUUAUUAACAAAAGAAAGUGGAUCGAUUAUUUAUUAUAAACAUCCAUCAAUUAUAAUGGAUAGACGAAAUCGAAAUGACAUAGAGAUGGAGGUUAUUGCGCCAAUGCGCUUUCUAAAUACAGCUGGCUAAUAGCACCAGACACUUACAAGCCCACUUCAAGACCUCACAGCCAGACACUAGAAUCUGUAGUUGGCGUGACAUGGAUGUGAGUUAUACGAACGUUUUGGAAGGGGCUCGCCAGUACUUUCAGGGUUUACCCAUGCCAAGUACAGCAAUAACACCAACAAAAAAUAGAAUACAUGAUGAGCAAACAAGUAAUUCAUCAACAGUUGAUGAUGGACGUCAAACAAAUAGUAAUAAUAUUAAUAAAAUAUAUUGGAAUACAAGUAACAAUGAGUUACGUACAAUUGAGCCUUAUCCACCUCAGCCAACUAGAGUUGAGGUACCAGAUACAAGGCCAAAUAAUGAUGAUGAUGAUAAUAAUGAUGACAAUAAUAAAAGAUCAGAGUAUUUAGAAAAUCAUAAAAAUUUAACAAAUUUAACUGAAAUGCAAUCGACAAAUAGAACAAAUAAAUUAAAUCAACAAAGAGAUUUAUUAAAUACACAUUCACCAUCACCAAUUUAUCAACAAUUAAAUAAUGUUUCUGGUCCAUCAAGUUAUAAUCGACCAAUUGAAAUAAAUAAUACAACAACAAAUUCAUCUUAUACAACGAAUGAUAGAACAACAUCAACACCAGUUAUACCUCAUCGUACACAAUAUUAUCCACGUUAUCAUCAUCCAGAUAUAACUAAAAGUUCACCUCUUCCAUUUUCAAGAAAUUCAAAUGUUUAUCAAGCAUCAGUAUCACCAUCAAUUGAUUCACAACCACAACCACCAAGACAAUUGAUAAAUAUUGAUUUAGAAAAUAAACGAAUACAAGAUCAACAGCAACAACAAUUACCCCCUUCAUCAGUUUAUCAAAUGACAUCUUCAGAAACAACAGCAUCACCAACAGUGGCCUAUCGACAAUCAUCAUCAUCAUCAUCUUCUGAUUCAUCGUCAAUACAUUCCUCAACAAAUCCUUGCAACCCUUGUCAUGUUCAAAAAAUUCACAUUCCUUCACAUAAUAAUCAUCAAGGUUACAUUCCAUCACCACAUUUACCGGUGUCAUCAGUUGCACCUCAAUCCUCUAUAGCACAUCCUUCAUCUCAACUAUCUCAUCUUCCAAAUCGAAUUAAUCCAACUAAUAAUAAUAAUAAUAUCAACAAUCAAAAUAGAGUUGGAUUAUCAUCAUCAAGUCAUUAUCAAAAUCAACAUCAUCAUGCUUCAAAACAACAACAACAACAAUCAAUGUUACCACCAUCUAUGUGUAAUAAUCAAUUAUCAAUAUCUUCACAUGAAUCAAAUCGUAAUUUAAAUUCUCCAUCAAGACAAUCACCUCAUGCUUCUAUUUUACAUAAUCCAAUUGCCUCUCAAGGUUUGAUAGAUGCUCAACCCCACUCACCGCCAUAUCCACCGCCUCCUCAUUCCCCACCACGAGUAUCCAGUCAUCAUUCAAUGCAUUCUUCUUCUUCUUCGUCUUCGUCUUCUUCUACUACUUAUGGAAGUCACAAUGCGCAUUCUUCUUCUUAUCCACAAAAUUCUUAUCAAACAAAUAUUUAUCAUUCAACAACAAAAAUCAAUAAUCAAUAUCCUGUUAAUGAUUUACAAUCUUCAUCAUCGUCAACAUUAAAUUCAACUACAAGUGUUUAUUCACGUCAACAUGCUUCACCAUUAAAACAAAAUAAUAAUUAUAAUAUUAUUGAUUCAAAACAAAUUGCUGGUAUAUCAAAUGCUAAUCAAGGAAAUACAUCUUCAUCUGUUUAUGUUGCUUCAUCGGGUAUUCAACGAAGUAUUAAUACACAUAAUUUACCAAUAAAUGAUAAUUCAUCUGGUCAUUUAAAUAGAAGCAAUAGAGAUAUACAAAUUAAAAAUCAAUCAAUAUCACAAUUAUCAAAUAAUAAUAUGACUUCAUCAUCAAGUUCAUAUGUAUUAGCUCCACGUACUAGAGAACAUUCACAUGAACGUAUUUCAAAUGCAAUAAAUGCUGAAACAUAUUAUCCUCCAUAUAAAAGUAGUGAAUACAGAGAUUAUAAAACAACAAAUGCAUCAAGUCAUUAUAGUUGUACAAGUAGUACAUCAACUACAGUAAUGUCUGUCUCAAAUGAUACAAGACCAAGUGCACCAUCUUCAAUAACGGUGCCUUUACGUCCAGUUUUAGAUACAAAUAAUAGACGUUUAAUUUAUCCUCAACAACAACAACAGCAGCAACAACAACAACAUCGUCGUGGUGGUGAUGAUUAUAGUUCAACUGAUUAUCUAUAUAAUAAUAGCAACUCUACAAAUCAACAAAGUCAAUCACAACCAACAUCAAGAGUUGUAUCACCACAGCCAUUUAUUGUUAAUGGUCCAGUUAUUAAAAAACGUGAAUCACCAUUAGAUCUUUCAGUUAAAACAAUUAAAACAACAGCUGAUUCAACAGCACGUGAUGAUAUUGAUACAUUUGAUAAAACAAAUAAUUUACGUAAAAAUAUAAUGCCAUUAUUAUCAACACAUCAAGGACCAGUUGUAUAUGCUAAUUAUGACAAUAGACAAUUAAAUGGUUCACGUUAUUCUACACCAAAUUUACGUCCAACAACACCACAAGUACCAGUAUGUGCUCCAAAAGUUGAUUUUUUACCAAAUUUUAAUUCUACACCAUUGAGACAUCAAAAUAAUACAGAUAAUAAUUUACGACGUAGUACACCAAAUAUACUACCAACACAAGCACAAACAAAUAAUUUACAAUCUUUACCAAAUAUGUCGACUUUUAAAAAAACUUUACUGCCUACAACAGCAACAACUACGACAACGACAACAACAUCAUCAUCAUCAUCAUCAUCACAGCCUGGAACAAAUAAUUAUCAUGUUUUACCUGAAAGAGUAAAACUUCCAUUAAAAUAUCCAACUGUUGAGCCAAGACAACAACAACAAAGAUUACAAGAUUAUGAUAAUAAUGAUCGUUAUUCUGAAAGUCAUAAUAAAUAUAUAACAAAUAGAGGAAGUGUUAAAAGACUUGGUGGACCAUAUAUACCUGGUGGUAUUGGUCCAAAUAAACAUCCAAGAGUUGAUGUUUGGAAAGAAGUAUUUGAUAAACAAAUACAAGAUAAAUUAACAGCAGCACUUGCACAACGUGAAAAACAACAAAAACAAAAUCUUGAAAAAAAUCUUCCAAAAACAGUGGCAAAUGGUACAUUAGUAUCAUCAAUUUAUCAAAAUACAAAUACAAAUAAUAAUAAUAAUUUACAACAACAAAAUACUGAAAAUUCUUCAUUUCAUUCACAAUCUAUUAAUCAAUAUCAAAGAAUGAAUAUUAAUGAAGAAAGAUAUAAAGAUAUUAAUAAUUGUCGUGAUACAAAUGUUUAUCCAAUAAUUAAAUCUCCAAAUUUAGCAUCUGGGCUACAUACUUCCAGUCAAUCUUCUUAUUCACAUCAGUCUAAUUCAAGAUCACCUCAUCCACAACAGCAACAACAACAACAACCACCACAACAUCAACAACAUCAACAACAGUGGCAAUCAUUUCAUGAUCUUCCAAGUAAUACUGGUGCUGAUAAACGUGUACUUACAUUAUUAAGAAAUAGCUUGGAAAAUAAACAACAACGUGAAGAACAACAUAAUAAUAAACAAUCAAUUUAUUCAAAUAAAAUAAUAACUCCAGUUGAACCAAAAACAAAUAUUGGUAGACAUAAUCUUUCACCAUUUGCUGCUGCAAGUUUACUUGAACGUAAUAGUAAUACAUCACCUCAUCAUAAAUUUCAUGUACCAAGAACAAUUGAUUCUAUAACACAAGAAAUGUCACGUAGUCCAUAUGGUUCACGUAUUAUAAAUUCAGCCUCAUUACCAAUUGGAAAAGAAGCUGAUAUUAAUAAUAGAAAUAUUGAAUUACAACGUGAUAAUAAAGAUGAUAAUCUUGCUGCAAUAUUAGCAGCUAAAAUACGUACUAAAGCUGAAUUAAAACAAGUUGUUAGUGGACAAUAUAAUUGUUCAAAAACAAUUUCAUUAUUAUCAUCAUCAUCGUCAUCAUCAUUACAAGAUAUUGGUGAUUCAGAAAGAGCAGCAUCAACAUCAACUCCACAAUCAGCAGCUUCAUCAGCUGGUAGUCCACCAAAAUUAACAAGAGAAAAAACACCAUCUAUAUUACCAAGAAGAAGAUUAUUUUCAAAAUCAGAAGAUGAUAAUAAUACAACAUUAAUGUCAUCAACAACAGCAACAACAACAACAUCAUCAUCAUCAACAAAAGCAGCACCAAUUGUUUCACAAUUUACUGUACCAACAAGAUCAAGUGAUUUUAGAAGUUCAUCUGAAACAUCAGUAUUUGAUUUUCGUGAAAGUGAUUCUGAGGGUGAAAUGCCAGUUCUUGAAAGACAAACACUUGAAGAAAUGAGAAGAGAUAGAAAACAAUUAUCAAAAGUACAACCAGCAGUAUCAUUUAAUGAUGCAAUGUCAGUUAAUAUGGUUACAUCAAAUGAUCUUGUUAAAAUUGAAUUAAAAGAAAAUAAUCAAGUUAAUAAAAAUGAUCCAUUUUGGAGUGAAACAUGUGAUAAAUUUAUGGAACAAUUACGUAGUGGUGGUAGUAGUGGUAGUAGUGGUGGUAGUGGUGAUAGUGCUAAAAAACGUGGACGUAGAAAAAAAAUUAUAAAUACAAAUAAUAUUAAAACUGAAAUAAUAAUAAAACCAGAAAAUAUUAAAAAAGAAAUAAAUGAAAAAAUAGAAAUAGAAAUAAAUAAUGAUAAUGAUAUAAAAUUAGAAUUAAUUAAAAAUACUGAUGAUAAUGAUGUUGAUAAUAAUGAAAUUAUAAUAAAAAAUGAAAUAACAAAUGAUAUUAAUGAUGAUUGUAAUAAUUCAGAUCAUGAUUCUGAUGAAUUACCAUUAAUAAAACGUGCAUCAAGAAGAAGAAUUAAAAAAGAAAUUAAUGAUAGUGAUGCUGAUGAUGAUAUUAUAUCAAAAAAAAGACGUGGUAGUAGAAUAAAAUUAGAAUCAUCAAGUGGUAGUGAAUCAUCAAGUGAUGAUAGUGAUGCUAGUGGUGAACCUGGUCUUGGUUCAUCUGUUGCUCAUCGUUUACGUACACGUAAACGUUCUGGUAUAACAACAAUUAUUGAUAAUGAAGGUAUGAAAUUACGUUCACGUGAAAUGUUACCACAAAAAAUUAAACAACAACAACAACAACAAUCUAAAGAAACUAAAGAAACUAAAGAAACUAAAGAAACUAAAACACCAAUUAAAAAUACAAUUAUACAAAAACCAAAACCAAAACCAUUAUUUGGUGAUGGUAGUGAUUUUCGUCCUGGUUGGGAAGAAGAAGUUUAUGUUUAUAAAAAAUCAUUAAGAAUGCCAACACAACUUAUUAAUGUAUCAAGACCAUCAAGAUUUCAUAGAUUAUCAACUUCGUUACCUGAUUUAGAUCCUGAUUCACCAGCUUUAUCUGUAUCAAUGGAUAGUACUGAUGUAUGUUUAGAAAAACGUGGUGGUAGUGGUGUUAAUAGUAGUGGUAUUAGUGCUAUUGGUCGUGUUGCUGAUAGUGAUAUUGAUUCAAAUUGUAGUUUACCAAAUAAUGAUGAUGAAGGUACAUCAACACCAAUAAUAACAACAACAAAAACAACAACAAAUUUAUCCAAAAGCAUAAUUAAAUUUGAUGGUAAUUCAAUAGUUGAUGUACUUGCUAAAAAAGUUGGUAGUAAUAAAAAAGAUAUACGAAAAAAAUUAAAAGAUAAAUUUGAAAAAAAUUCAAUAAAAAUAUUACCAAAAGGAAGUAAUGAACCAGAGCUAUUAUCAACACCAAGUUUUACAAAAAUUAUCAAUGAAACAAAGCUAUCAACAACAAAUGGAAAAACACAAAUUAAAAAUAAUAGUAAUAAUAUUAAUAAUAAUAAUAAUUCAAAUAAUAAUAAAUUUAAAAAAUCAGUUAAUAUGGUUGAUUCAUUAUUGGGUUAUUUUCGUAAAGAAACAGUUAAUAAUUUUAGAGAUACAUUUAAAAAUAAUCAUGCACUGCCAAAUGAAUUUUCUACUUAUGUUUUAAAAAGUAGAACAAGAACUGAAACAAAAGUAUUGAAAAAACAAGCAACAAUUAGAGAAGUAUUUGGUGAAGAUAGACCAGCAUCAGCACCACCAAUGCAAAAUCAUGCUGGUGAUACAUCACAAGAUGAUGAUGAUUCACAGACUGAAACUAAAGAAAUUUUAAAAAAUAAAAAUAAUUCACGUACAUUAAGACAAAAAGUUGUUUCAAGAUUAAGAAAUGUUGGUAUAAUUAGAAGUCACAAAUCAAUUAUUAAUUCAAAACGUCAUUUAUUAACAGUACAAAGACGUAAAGUUAUACUUAAAUCAAUGACAGAUAAAAAAUUAAAAAAUUCAAUUAAUACCAAAACAAAUAUUAAUAAUGAAAAUAAUGACAAUGAUGAUGUUGAAGAUGAAGAUGAAGAUGAAGAUAAUAAUAAAGAUGAUGAUAAUGAGGAUAAUAUUAAUAAUGAUAAAAUAAAAAAAGAACAAGAUACUGAUAUUAAUGAUGACACAGAAAUUGUUGGUAAAAAAAAAAUCAAAUUACGAAAUGGAAGAAAAAAAUUUCGUUCAGGUUUUGAUUAUAUUCGUAAAAAGAAAAAACCAAUAAAAAAAGAUGACAACAAUAUACCAAAAGAACGAAAAAAACAAAUGAAUUUACGAACAAAUGCUGAAUGUGUUGCUGAUUUACAAAAUGAAAUAAGAACAUGGGUUAUUAAAAAAGGUGUUGGUGAAACUAUUUUACAUAGAGCUGCACGACUUGGUUAUACGGAUGUUGCUGCUUAUUGUUUGGAAAAAUUAAAUAAUGCACCAAGUCCAAAAGACAAUGCUGGAUAUACACCACUUCAUGAAGCAUGUUCACGUGGACAUUUAGAAAUUGCAAAACUUUUACUAGCUUAUGGAGCAAAUGUUAGUGAAAGUGCAAAUGGUGGAAUAAGGCCACUUCAUGAAGCUGCUGAAAAUGGUGCUACUGAACUUGUUCGUCUAUUAUUGUCAUAUGGUGCUGAUCCAUUAUUAGCAACAUAUGCUGGUCAUACACCUCUUAUGCUUGCUGUUGAUACUGAUGCAUAUACAAUACUUGAACAACAUCUUGGUGAUGUUCAAGGACGUUCAACAACUCCCUGGAAAUUUUAUGGGCCAUCAUCUAUAUUUGAUCCUGAAGAAAGUGGUUAUAAUCCAAUGAAAGAACCACCAGUUAGUAGUCCAGAACCAGAAUUAGAUGAUAUAGAAUUUGAAAUGAGUGAUAUUAAUCUUCCAGUACUAUUUUCAUUAGCAAAUGAUCCUGAUAAAUGGAUAUUAUUAUCAGAUUUAAUGUCUGCAUUACGUAUUAAAAGUCGUGAUGCAUUAUUACGUCAAAUUAAUCCAAAAGCACCUGCAGGACCACCAACAAUUGCACAUCGUGAUGUUAUGAAAGAACUUAAAUUACCAGAUUUUCUUGAUCAAUCAAGAUGUUGUCAUUUAUUAAGUGCAGGUGAAAAAAUUAAUGUACGUGCAUCAAAAGUUGCACUUAUUAAAUAUAAUGAACAAGUUAAAUCACUUUUAAAUGUUGAAAGUGUAUUUAUUAAUCUUAGCUGACAAGAGGAGCAACUGGGAAAUUGUAAUACAAUAUCUCAGUCAUUAAAAAAAAAUACUAUUAUUAAUAAUAAAAAAAAUAUUAAAAUUAAAAAAACAAAAUGUGCUAAAAAUAUUAAACCAAUUAAAAGUGAACGUUUAAAGCACAAAAAAAUUAUUCAACGAAAGCUCAAUAGUGGCGUUAAUACUGAUGCAAAUAAGAUAUUAAAAAAAAAAUGGAGAAAAAAUUAUAUUAAAUAAAGUGCAGUGACUCAUUUUUAUCUAUUUUUUUUUUUUCUUUUUAAUUACAAAAAGGUGCAAAAAUAAAUUUAAAAAAUGGUGCAAUUUUGAAAAUAAUAAUGUGAAGUUAAAUAAAGAACAAAAAAAAAUGAGUUUGGGUAGUUGCUAAUAUAUAAAAUAAUAAAAAAUGUUUUAAUUUUAAUAAUGAACAAUUAAUAAUAGUAAAAAAAAAAAAAUACUGUGACAUGUUAGAUUAUAAAUUAAUAUUAAUUAUAAAAAAAAAAACAAAAAUGUAAAUGAUUUUUUUACACGAAAAACAAACUAAAAAAUAAUUUCAGGCAAUUGCGAGUAAUCAAGUAUUUUUUUUUUUGUUGUUUUUUUAAAAGACAAUUUUUAUUUAGAGAAAAAACUGCCAGCCUGUUAAUAUAACUAUAUUCAGGUAAUAAAAAAGGAGAAAGAAAAGUUUUAUCCUCGUAAAAAAAUAAACAAACUUAACGUGAUUUAUAAUUAAAAUACAUUAUUGUUUUUUUUUUUUUAUGUUCAUUGAACUUUAUGUUAUAUUUUAAUGCUAUCAAAUUGAUUAACACAUAGC